AUGACCAGAACAAAUUGCUCAGACAAAGCCAUCAGAUCGCGCGCAGUUAGCUCAGGAACAGCGCACUGCAGGUGAUCUGGUUGCCUGAGAUGUGGAGUGCAGGAUGCAUGGAGCAGUGGAUGCCGACGGCGGCAAUGGUCGCCACCAACGUCGUGAUCGCCAUCAUGACCGCACUGAUCAAGCAGGCACUGAACCAGGGCAUGAACAGGCUGGUCCUCAUCACUUUCCGGCAAAUGGUGGCCACUGUGUUCCUUGGCCCCAUUGCCUACUUCAAGGAAAGGAAGAUGAGACCAAAGUUCACAGCUGAAAUCUUUGUGUACACGUUCCUCAGUGGAAUUAUUGGGCCGGUGCUGCUUCAGUACACAUUGUUCGUCGGAUUGGAUUACACAACAGCAACAUUUGCUGCAACUUUCUCCAAUAUGCUUCCAGUGGUUACUUUCCUGAUAUCACUCGCUUUCAGGUUUGAAUCAGUAGAGGUGAGGAGCAUGUCAGGGAGUGCCAAGAUCUCAGGGACACUUAUCUCCCUCGGCGGUGCAAUGAUGCUCACUUUCUACAAGGGUUCAGCACUGACCCACACCACACCAUCCAUCAGUCCGGCGGCUUCCAGCAGUGGCCACAGGCAAGCCGGAGGAGAGCACGGCACCGUCCGGUGGGUGCUCGGCUCCGUCUCGAUGCUGGCAAACGUUGUUGGGUUUGCCUUGUGGCUGCUGCUGCAGAGGAAGUUCACCAGCAAGUACCCGGCCGUGUACUCGGCAACGGCGCUCAUGUCUCUCUUCAGCUUCAUUCAGGCAGGAGCGCUGGCCCUGUCGAUACAAAGAGCCAGCAUUGCAGUCUGGGCUCUCAAGGGGACAACAGAGAUCGUCACUGUUGUGUACUGUGGUGUAGUGGCAUCUGGUAUGGGGUACCUUCUGCUCACAUACUGUGUGGAGAAGAGAGGCCCUGUGUUCACUGCUGCCUUCAGCCCUCUAUCUCAGAUCUUCGUCGCCGGCAUCGAUCUGUUCAUCCUUCAUGAGCCGCUCUACCUUGGAAGCGUGCUAGGGUCAGUGCUGGUGAUUCUUGGGCUCUACAUGGUUCUGUGGGGAAAGAAAGAGGAAGCUGCCAACGCUGUCGCUUCGGCGAAGCCGGUUCAGGUUCAGGCAGAGGUAGAACAGCAAGAGAAAGUGUGAUUUUUUUUUGGCUGCAUGACCUGAAGCUGCUGUAUUGUAAUCAUAGCUAGUAUGGCCGAGAGUAACUUGUCAUAGCUAGCGCAAAUGAUCACCAAGCCCUCACUGUUGUAUGCUAGUCUAUACAAAUACUUAAACAUAUAGUAGUGACCAAUGGAAGAAAAGAUGUGCACUUUUUUCCCAAAAGAAAAAAGAAAAAAAAUUGAGAUCUCA